GAAUAGGAUAUAUCCUCAUACGAUUCCUCUUUGUGGUGUAAAAUGUGUCUAGCUAUGUCGUCAUAAAUUUGCUAUCGACAAUAAUAUUAUUUAUAAUUAAUUGAAUUAAUAUUAAUAUAUUGACAGCAAAUGAGACAUUUGAGAAGCUGGCAUCAAUGAGUUUGAUAGCAAAUAUAACAGUGUAUUUGCGAACAAAAUACAACAUGAAUGGAUUAUUAUUGGUGAAUGUAGUGAAUAUUUGGUCAGGAAGUUCCAAUUUUUUAACAUUAGGAGGUGCUUUACUAUCAGAUGCCUAUCUGGGUAGGUUCUGGACUUUACUUAUUGGUUCCAUUAUUUCUAUGCUGGGAAUGGGAAUAAUGACCUUGGGCGCAGGAGUACCAAAACUAAGGCCACCAAAUUGUGACCCAGAAGCUGAUUACUGCACACCACCCACAAUAUUGCAACUUUCAGUUCUGAUCACAGCUCUUAUAGUCCUAGCCUUUGGCUCAGGCUGCUUACGACCGUGUAACAUUGCCUUCGGUGCUGAUCAAUUUGACACAACAACAGAACGAGGGCGGUCUCAGCUAUCCCGUUUCUACAACUGGUGGUACUUCUCCUUCACAAUAUCCCUAUUAGUAGCACUGACAGUAAUAGUGUACAUCCAAACCAAUAUCAGUUGGACAAUCGGGUUCGCGAUCCCGACUGCUUGUUUUGGUUGCUCAAUCAUAAUAUUCUUGGUUGGACACCCAUAUUACAUAUGCAUGAAACCUAAAGGAAGCAUGAUAUUCUUUGACAUAGUUAAGGUGAUUGUAGCAUCUUAUAGGAAAAGGAACUUGAUUUUGGAUGAUAAACAUGAGGGUCAUAACCCAAUGUUUUAUGAUCCACCCAUUCAAAUUGAUGAGCAAAUGGAUCAUAUGAUAUGUAAGUUAAGUAGAUCGAACCGAUUGAAGUUCUUAGAUAAGGCGGCUUUGAUCAAUGAGCGGAAUGAAUUGGAUGAUGAAGGGAAGGUGAUAGAUAAUUGGAGACUAUGUAGUGUUCAACAAGUAGAACAAUUGAAGAGCUUGAUUGGGAUAUUACCCGUUUGGGUGGCGGGGAUUCUAUGUUUUGUAUCGAUGGAUCAACAAAAUACGUUUGGUAUUCUACAAUCAAUUCAAAUGAACAGAAAGGUGGGAUCGAGGUUUUUGAUCCCACCAGCAUGGACGGGAUUUGUAUCUAUGGUUGCACUCUCGGUUUGGAUUUUGUCAUAUGAACGCCUUAUUCUCCCAUUAGCGAGGAAACUAAUGAAGACGGAGAAUAGUAAUGUGAGAUUAUCGGUUAGUGCAAGGAUCAAAAUCGGAAUUGUUAUGUCAAUUCUAUGUAUGGGUAUUGCCGCAUUUGUAGAGUCCAAGAGGAGAAAUGAGGCCUUAAGAAAAGGCUCAUUUGUGUCUCCUCUUUAUGUAGGUUAUUUGGUGCCUCAACUAAUCCUUUCGGGCUUAACUGAAGCUUUUGCAGCGGUUACUAUAAUGGAGUUUUUCACUACUCAAAUGCCCGAGUACAUGAGAUCGGUCGCUGGCUCCAUCUUCUUCAUUAGUUUAUCGAUGGCAAAUUACUUGGCUACGGCUAUUGUAAACAUCAUUUAUCAAGUCACUCGUAGGAGCGAUGGCAAGGCAUGGUUAGGAGGUCGCGACCUUAACCAUAAUAGGCUUGAUUAUUUCUAUGCUAUUAUUGGUUUCAUUGGAAUAUUUAACUUCUUUUAUUUUAGUUUCUUUGCAAGUAAAUUCAUCUUUGUUAAUAACAAAAACAAGAUCAUUCGAACCGAAACGUUCGAACCAAGUUCGAGUUUAGACACACAUACAAGGAUGGAGUAAUAUACAUGUUGUUCUUUUAGUCUUAGUUUUGUAAUCCUACUUUUUGAUGAUUCCUAAUGAAAAUUUUCAAAUUUAUCAUCCAAUUUCAUUAUUCUCUGUUUUUCAGCUGAUGUUUAAAUUGUUUGAUCACAUUGUUAGUUAUGAUCUAUGUUACUUGGACUCGAGUACUGACGUUGGAAACUGGUACGUGUUUAAGUGUCGGAUACGCCUAAAUAUUCAAUUUUACGUCUAGAAUGAAAUGUCUAAGCGCUAUACCAAUGUCUAGGGGAUUAAGGAUCGAACACGAGUACGUAAGCAAAAUGAAGAGUCCGAGUAACAUAGGUUAUGAUAUUGACUUGUAAUAUGCAAUAGAAAUGGAUUGGAUUAUUCAUAAGCGUCGAGUAGUUUUAUGGUCUCUAUUCAUGGCAAAAGGAAUUAGAAAACUACUCAUUUUGGAUGAAUUUGCUACAUUUACAAAUUUAUAUACAGAUUUGUAAAAUGUUGAACCUAAACAAAAAUAUACUUGAAAAAAAUUAAAGACCUUAUACAAAUCUUCAAAAUUAAGGAACUAAAUACCAAGGAAAGUGUUUUAUUACAUAUAUAUUUAUUAAUAAUUUUUUGUUGUCUGUGAUCAAUGUUAG